AAGGCUGUUUUUUCCCAACAGAUUCUGAAUAAUGGGGGCCUCGGUGUCUAUACGGAAUCAAACCCCUUACACUUGGCACUACAACCUUGUCGGAGACGGAGGUGGCAGUGGCAGUGGAACGUUGCAUGGCAGGGGUAGUAGUGUAAAAGAAAACCUCAACUCUAGGGGGAUCCAUUGCUACCUAAAGUUAAGAUAUGACAAUCACAGUUGGAACUCCUUCUCAUAUGAGUUCAACAGUCACAAGCAGGACGGGAGUCAAACAUUCACUAUUAUAGAAACCAGUGGCCGUUCACUCAUUCAGCUGUUGUGCGACACAGAGUCUAAUAGUCCAACAUGUCCAAACUAUGGGAAGCAAGAGGAAGACCGUAUUCGUCAGCAGCAGGAGGAGAUGGAGCGGCGAAGACAGGAGGAGCAACGAAGACAACAGCAGGAGGAGAGGAGGCGCCAGGAGCAACUGGAGAGGGAGAUGGCGAUCCAGCAAGAAAUUGAAAGGGAGAGCGAACUUUCGGGUAAGAAGGUGUCAAAGGGACGAGAAAAGCUGAGAGAGAAGCUGAGACUAAAAGGACAACAGCGCCAUCACCAGCGUACACAGGUACUACACCAGAUGAUAGAAGAUGACGCUGCAGCAAUCAGAAGGGAUGAGGUAAGUGAUAUUAAAUAAAGGCUUCUAGAAUAG